AUGCUCGAGGGCCGAAUACAGGCGCUUAAAGCCAUUGAAGCAAUGGCUACCGCCUUGCCUGAUAUCAAGCAGUUGCUCGGUCUUAGCCCCUCUUCCUCCGAACUUACUGCGCACAUUACGAUACUGGAGAACGCACUUUCAGAAUUUCGAUCGGCGUCGCCUGAAGUAAAAUCGUAUCCAGAUGCUGUUUACUUCAACUAUUAUCCACUUGGUCUCAGUUUACUCUUCAAGCCCGUCAACGGCUAUAAACCGAAGACGGAGCUGAAGGUGGAAGAUCUGAACGCGGCCAAUCUCAUCCUGGAUGGCAUUGACAUUUACAAUGGUCUCAAAUCCGGAACAACUUCAGGAUCCGGGAGCAGGCUCAAAUCCGUUUUUUCGAGCUAUCCGAUAUCCCCCCUUGUCUUGACACUGUGUCCUGGUCAAACGGAAGGGGAGACCAAGUCACGUCCCAGUUUCAUUGAAAUUAAUCGAGAGACAACUGGGAAGGCAUUUGUCGAAUCCAUGGGAGAGCCGGAACGCAAGGGAGGAGGUGCAGGUCCGUCAUCUGGAUCGAUCGGAAUCUGGUGCGAGUGGUCUCGAGAUGGGGUGAUGGUUGAAUUCGGUGGCGACGAAAGCAGAGGACUACAGGCUUGGGAAAGAGGCAAAGAUGCGGUUUGGAAAGUCAUUACCGUCUUUCCACCAAAGUUUGGUCGCCCUUAG